CCUCCAAACCCUAAAGAACACAAACCCAAACCCAAACUCAAACUCCAAUCAAUCUGCGAAAUCAUCAUCCCUUAUCCAUUAAUCAUGGCGUUAGACAGAGGUUCGGCUCCGAAUUCGAACACCCAGAAACCGCCGAGCAAGCUUCGGUGGGGAGAGCUAGAAGAAGAAGAUGAAGGAGAAGACUUCAACUUCCUCCUACCACCAAAGCAGGUCAUCGGACCAAACGAGAAUGGGAUCAAGAGAGUUAUAGAGUACAAGUUUAACGACGAGGGCAAUAAGGUCAAGAUCACGACAACUACCCGAGUUCGAAAGCUCGCCAAGGCCCGACUCAGUAAAAGGGCACUCGAGCGUCGGUCGUGGCCCAAGUUUGGUGAUGCGGUCCAUGAGGAUGUUGGGAGUAGGCUCACCAUGGUGUCCACUGAGGAAAUCUUGAUUGAAAGACCUAGAGCCCCUGGUUCUAAACCAGAAGAAACUAAGGUAGCUGGAGAUUCCUUGGCUCAGCUUGGUAAAGGAGGUGCUGUUCUCAUGGUUUGCAGAACUUGUGGAAAGAAUGGUGACCACUGGACAGCUAGAUGCCCUUACAAGGAUCUUGGCCCUCAAACCGAAAGCUUUAUUGAUAAACCUCCUAUCUCUGAGACGACCAUGGCGUCUGGUACUACCAAGGGAGCAUAUGUCCCUCCAAGCAUGAGAGCAGGUGCAGAAAGGCCUGCUGGUUCAGAUAUGAGACGCAGAAAUGAAGAGAACUCGGUUCGUGUCACUAAUCUUUCAGAAGACACCCGGGAGCCAGAUUUGCUGGAGCUGUUCCGCACAUUUGGCUCUGUGAGUCGUGUCUAUGUCGCCAUUGAUCAAAAGACAGGUGUGAGCAGAGGUUUUGGUUUUGUCAACUUCGUCAACAAGGAAGAUGCUGAGAGGGCAAUCAAUAAGCUUAAUGGAUAUGGGUACGACAAUCUCAUCCUUCGAGUUGAGUGGGCCACACCCAGAUCUAACUAGAAGAUCGAAAUCUCUCUGAGCCCUAUCCUAACAAACACCUACUUCUAUGGAAAAGCUAGACUUUACUAAACAAGGGAGAAAAGUUGGCCGCCCAAAGUUUUUCUUAAGAGUUGUACUGCGUACACUACUGGCAAGUGUGGAUUUUGGUUUUCACUUAAAGAGUACCACAAAGUUUCUGUUAGAUUUCCUUUCAAUAUUUCUGGUCAUUGACGUUAAGGAGUGGAGAAUAAGACCAGUAAUUACAUUCCUAAAUAGUAUUCUGGUUUUUGUCCAUUUUGAGGAGUCGUUUGCUACUAAAUUACAUUGGAUAGGAUUGGAACAUGCAAACUGUAAUCAAAUUCGGAUUCCGAUAUAACAGAA